AAAGUUGGGUAUAAAAAUCGAGUGUUUAAGAGAUUCGACGUUAGAAGAGGAAACGUUAGAAGUUCGAGAGUUGAUAUAAUACUUUUCGGAGAAAAACACGCCACCACCAUGUCACGAUACAUCGUGUGCGUGUUCAUCGUUACGAUUCUUGUCCAUAUUAACGGAGAACGGAAGGUGACGGGCAAUGACAUAAAGUGCGAAAAGAACGAAGAAAUGAACGUAUGUGGAAAAUUGUGCGAAGCAAGUUGCAACAACCCAAACUCGGAUUCCGAACUUUGUCCACCGAUCCCGUGCAACUCGGAAAUUACGAGAGAUUGUCGAUGUACGCGUGGUACUGUGAGAAACGAGAAGACCAAGGCCUGCACACCGCUCUCGGAAUGUCCAAACAUUCUUUAGAAAUCAGUCGGUAAUAUCAAAUUGUACGGACAAAUAAAGAAUAUUUUUAUCGUACACCUUCUAACAUUCGUUACACAACAAUAGAUUAAAAAGAAAACUGUUUUCUCGAUCUCUCGUCUACGUGAUAAUGAACGAACAGGUAAAGUGUUGGUACGGCGAUGUAAGAACUCGUGAGAUCUACGGUUAGAUAAGAGCUUAAAAUUUCGAAAGAUUAACGGGCAAUGAAAUGCAAAUGGAACCGAUUCUAAGCGUGUAUAUAUAUUUCCUUGCCGUGUAUCGAUCCCUGUUUUCCAACAAUUUUAUUUUAUCUUGUAUGUGUUUGUACGAGUUCGUGUUUUCGUGGUAAAAAUUAAGCGUAAUAAAAUUAACAACAAUAGUUAUGCAGAAUAGAAAAAUUGUAAUAAAUAAGGAAGGGAAAUUUCAUUCGUGAUACUUCUGCUUUUUUAGAUUAACUAUUGGAUUAUCUAUUUUAAAUGAUGUUUGUUUACGUUGCAACGUAAUCGUUACCUAAGAAUUCGAUACUAUGAGCUAAUGAUAAAAAUUAAAUAAACAAAAUAUCGAUAAUUUCCCGUUAACCAAGAUAAUAAUUGGCGAACGCAUAUAUAAAUAAUAUAUGAGUAAUAUGAUUCAUUGGAUAAUUGGAAUGUAAAAAUCGAAAACAAUAUCUUCGAAAAAUAUAUCGAUGUCUCGAUAAUUAAUAUGUUGUUGUACGUCGUUCGCAACAUAUCGAGAUUGUUAAAAACUUGUCUACAAACUUCAAUGAUAAUAAACUACACGAAGAAAUAAAGAAAUAUUUCUUCCGAAUA